CGUCACAGACGACGACCAAUCAGAGAGCAGCUAGCUUACUCGCUGUUGUCCUGAGCCGAGAGCGGUUAGCUAACCGGGUUAAACACUAAAAACUACAAACAUUCACAUCUGGAUUUAUUCUCAUUGUUUCCGAGUCUGAUGGCUUCAUGAUAACCUCCCAGAGAGCAGAGCCCGUUCACUACCAUGGCCCUCGCUGAGGAGCAGCCUGAGAAACACUGCUGGGUGUGUUUUGCCACCGAGAGAGACGACCACAGUGCGGAGUGGGUGAGCCCCUGCAGGUGUAAAGGCUGUACCAAGUGGAUCCACCAGUCGUGUCUGCAGCGCUGGCUGGACGAGAAGCAGAAAGGAAACAGCGGAGGAGCCGUCAGCUGUCCACAAUGUGGCACCGAGUACACCAUCACCUUCCCCAAGACGGGCCCGUUGGUGUAUUUCCUCCAGCAGAUAGACCGAGCCCUGUCCCGAGCCAGUCCCUUCGCCGCCGUCGGGGUGGUGGUCGGGACCGUGUACUGGUCGGCCGUCACAUACGGAGCGGUGACCGUCAUGCAGGUCGUCGGACAUAAGAAGGGGCUGGAUGUGAUGCAGCGAGCCGACCCGCUGUUCCUGUUGAUGGGUCUGCCCACCAUCCCCGUGGCGUUGGUCCUGGGAAAGAUGAUCCGCUGGGAGGAUUAUAUAGUGAGGCUGUGGCAGAGAUACUCCUUCAAACGGAAGCUCCCGCCAGGCACAGGUCAUUAUCUGCCCCGUGUCCCCGCCGACGGACCCGGUGCAGGAGAUCACCUCUCUGUGUCCAGGACUCUGUGCGGCGCUCUCAUCUUUCCCUCCAUCGCCAGUCUGGUGGGACGGCUGCUGUUCAGACGGACGCCCUCGAACCUUCAGCGCACCGUACUGGGUGGCAUCGCCUUUGUGUUGAUCAAGGGAGUGCUGAAGGUGUAUUUCAAGCAGCAGCAGUACAUCAUUCAGGCCAACCGGCACAUCCUCAACUACCCCGAAAGAGAGCGAGACGGACCGGCUGAGGGUGGAGACGACGACACAGAGGACAGCGGCAAUGAAUAGUUUAUCAGCUCGGAUUGAGGGGG